CUGAGUUUGGACUUGUAACCUAUUCGACUGUGAGAGAAUAAAUUUCUCUUUGUUAAAGCCAUCCACUUUUGGUAUUUCUGUUAUAGCAGCACUAGAUGACUAAGACAUGGGAAGAAUUGUUUCAGUGAUGUCCAUAUGUAGGUGAGAGGAGGUGGAUCUAAUGCCCAAGUAGAAGGUUGACCUUACAUUGGAUGAACUGUCCAUGUAAUGGAUUAGAUUCCGUGGCUACAUAUACAAGCAGGCCUGGAAGAAACGCUGGUUUAUCCUGCGGAGUGGCCGGAUGAGUGGUGACCCAGAUGUUCUGGAAUACUACAAGAAUGAUCACUCCAAGAAGCCCCUGCGGAUCAUCAACCUGAACUUUUGUGAGCAGGUGGAUGCAGGCCUGACCUUCAACAAGAAGGAGCUGCAGGAUAGUUUUGUGUUUGACAUCAAGACCAGUGAGCGCACUUUUUACCUGGUGGCUGAGACAGAGGAGGACAUGAAUAAGUGGGUCCAGAGCAUCUGCCACAUCUGCGGCUUCAACCAGGCUGAGGAGAGCACAGACUCCCUGAGAAACAUUUCCUCAGCAAGUCACGGCCCCCGCUCUUCCCCAGCUGAGCUCAGCAGCUCCAAUCAGCACCUUCUCCGAGAACGAAAAUCCUCAGCCCCUUCGCACUCCAGCCAGCCAACCUUGUUCACAUUUGAGCCCCCUGUGUCAAACAACAUCCAGCCCACCUUGUCCACCAGUGCACCUCAGGAGUAUCUCUACUUGCAUCAGUGCAUAAGCCGGAGAGCAGAAAAUGCAAGGAGUGCCAGCUUCUCUCAGGGCACCAGGGCCUCAUUUCUCAUGAGGAGCGACACAGCCGUACAGAAACUUGCCCAGGGCAAUGGGCACUGUGUCAAUGGGGUCAGUGGUCAAGUUCAUGGCUUCUAUAGCCUUCCCAAGCCUAGCCGGCACAAUACAGAAUUCAGAGACAGUACCUACGACCUCCCCCGGAGCCUGGCCUCUCAUGGCCCCACCAAGGGCAGCCUCACAGGCUCUGAAACAGAUAACGAGGAUGUGUACACCUUCAAGACGCCCAGCAACACCCUGUGCCGGGAGUUUGGGGACCUUGUGGUGGACAAUAUGGAUGUUCCAGGCACUCCACUGUCAGCCUACCAGAUCCCUAGGACAUUCACACUGGACAAGAACCACAACGCCAUGGCAGUGGCCACUUCUGGGGACUCAGCCAUGGCUCCUCCACCCCGGCCUCCCAAGCCAAAUCAGGCAGAAACACCUCGAUGGGGCAGCCCUCAGCAGAGACCCCCAAUCAGUGAAAAUAGUAGAUCAGUCUCUGUCGCCGCCACCAUCCCCAGACGCAAUACCCUCCCUGCAAUGGACAAUAGCCGACUUCACCGAGCUUCUUCCUGUGAGACCUACGAGUACCCCCAGCGUGGUAGGGAGAGUGCAGGCCGGUCUGCUGAGUCCAUGAGUGAUGGAGUCAAUUCUUCCCUGUCAGGGAAAACAGUUGUGGGCCGAUUGGAUAGCACCAAUUCUGAAGACAACUACGUGCCCAUGAACCCAGGUUCCUCCUCCGUGGCGGCCAUGGAGCGAGCAGGUGAUAAUUCCCAGAGUGUCUACAUCCCCAUGAGCCCAGGGCCCCAUCACUUCGACUCGCUUGGCUACCCCUCCACAGCCCUUUCUAUGCACCGAGGCCCCAGUCGAGGAAGUGAGAUCCAGCCACCCCCUGUCAACCGCAACCUCAAACCUGACCGGAAAGCAAAGCCAACACCACUUGACCUGAGAAACAACACUGUCAUCGAUGAGCUCCCCUUCAAAUCACCUGUCACCAAGUCUUGGUCUAGGGCCAUCCACACCUUCAACUCGAGCUCCUCUCAGUACUGCCGCCCCAUCUCCACACAGAGCAUCACCAGCACGGACUCGGGAGACAGCGAAGAGAACUACGUCUCUAUGCAAAACCCAGUGUCUGCAUCUCCCGUUCCCAGCGGCACCAACAGUCCAGCCCCUAAGAAGAGCACUGGCAGUGUUGAUUAUCUAGCCCUGGACUUCCAGCCGAACUCUCCAAGCCCCCACCGCAAGCCAUCCACGUCAUCCGUCACUUCCGACGAGAAGGUGGACUAUGUUCAAGUGGACAAGGAGAAGACCCAGGCCCUGCAGAACACCAUGCAGGAGUGGACAGACGUGCGGCAGUCCUCGGAGCCUUCCAAGGGUGCCAAGCUGUGACACGGGCCGCCAAGCCCAGGGAGGGGCCAGGAGGCAGCAUCUCCAGAGCUGGCUUCUCCCUGUCUCCCCUCCCUUUUCCCUCCCAGUACCCCUUCCCGCCCACCUCCUCUCCAGUCUGCCA